AUGAACAAUCUUACUUCAGCUUUUGGUGCUAUGAAAAUAUGUCAAGUGGAUCAAAAUCCAGGGCAUAUUUCUAGAAAUUGCCCUUCUAGAGUUUUGCAACCACAAUUUGGUAAUCUGAGAAAUGAACCAAGAAGGAAUAAAUCUGCAAAUCCUGAAGUUGGAGAUAAAUCUUGGGAAAGGAGAUGCAUGAAAGAUGAACAUGAAAUGCCACCUUGGGCUCAGAAAAAUGCAAGUCUAAAAAUAGGAAAUGUACCUGUAGAAAUAGCAAAAGUGAAUAGUGAGAAACCUGUGACAAGCAAAGGCCAUAUAGUUGAUGACCAAUUAAGUGAAUUUGUAAGAUAUAUCCCCAAUGUUGAGGUAGUAAUGGAGGGUGUCAGAGUUUUUCAGGAGUUCUACAUAAUGAAAGCAGUGAGUUCUAACUACAAAAAAUCUUCAUUUGUGGCAUCAAUAGAUCCUAAAGGAUGGAUUGAUAUUUCAAAAUGUAAUAAUAAUGAUGAUAGUAAAGAAGACCAUGAGGAUAUUAUGACCAUGUGA